GAAAAGAGACAGACAAUCUGGCUGACAGGAUGAAGGAGGAGAACUUGUUCCGCAGACGGUUCUCCCUGUGUCCUACAACCACCUCCCCUCCAAAGAUCGACCCGCGUGCGCUGACCAGAAACCUGUCGUAUGGAGGGGACAGCGACCUUUACCCUGUCAGCCCAGGCGGAGAGUCAGAGAGGAACGGCUUGCCCUUGCUCAGGGAUGAAGCCAGUCCUGCCCAGUCUCCCAGCAGCGCGUCUGAGUCCAAAAUGUUCAUCGGCCUUGAAAAGGAGUGCUCGUCGCCCACAGAGAAGUUAACCCGGAAAGAAUCCCUGAAGGUUCAGAAAAAGAAUUAUCGACAAGAGAAAAAGAGGGCAGCCAAAGAACUGUUCAGUGCCCUUAAGGACCCAAGUGUAGUCAUUAUAUCGAAUUGGCUGAAGAUUCGGGGCACGCUGAAGAGUUGGACAAAGCUGUGGUGUGCUUUGAAACCCGGAGUUCUCCUCAUCUACAAAACGCCAAACACAGACCAGUGGGUGGGCACGAUCCUACUCAACGCCUGUAAGCUCAUAGAGAGGCCUUCAAAGAAAGACGGCUUCUGCUUCAAACUCUACCACCCACUAGACAAAUCCAUAUGGGCCACAAAGGGUCCCAAAGGAGAAAACGUGGGUUCGAUUACACAACCCUUGCCCAGCAAUUACCUGAUCUUCAGAGCCGCGUCUGAAUCUGAUGGUCGGUGCUGGAUGGAUGCCUUAGAGCUGGCACUCAGCUGCUCCAGUCUCUACAAGCUGACCGCUAAGACGUGCCGGGACGGAGACCUGAGCAGCUCCUCCGAGUCCUCCCACAUCCUGCAGCUUCUGCAGUCCUCUGCCCUGUCUGAGCAAGAGCUCCUCCAACUGAAUGAUACUAUGCUAGAGAGCAAUCACAUGGAGAAUGACGCUUACUCCGAUAAGUCAGAGAGGGAAGCUCACGAAGACUCAGACAAUGCAGCCAAUGAGAACGGGGAGCGACUGACUGAAGAGAGUGACAUGGACCAAUCAGAUGACCUUUCCCCGUGCCUCCAGGCAACAGCAUAUGCUGAGCAAAACGAAGAGGAGAUUGGUGAUGCUGGGGAGGCAUCACAGGUAGAGACAGUCUCUGAGGAGAAUAAAAGUCUAAUCUGGACCUUGCUGAAGCAGCUGAGACCAGGCAUGGACCUGUCCAAAGUUGUCCUGCCCACCUUCAUCUUAGAGCCACGCUCUUUCCUGGACAAGCUGUCUGACUAUUAUUACCACGCCAACCUCCUGUCUCAGGCAGUGACACAGGAAAGCCCGUACUGCAGAAUGAAGCAGGUGCUGCGUUGGUAUCUGUCUGGCUUUUACAAAAAGCCUAAGGGGCUGAAAAAGCCGUAUAAUCCCAUCCUCGGGGAGACGUUCCGCUGUUGCUGGCUCCACCCUCAGAGUGACAGUUGUACGUUUUACAUAGCAGAGCAGGUAUCACACCACCCCCCAAUCUCUGCCUUUUAUGUCUGCAACAAGAAGGACAAUUUCUGCAUCAGCGGCAGCAUCCUGACCAAAUCCAAGUUUUACGGGAACUCGCUGUCUGCGAUAUUGGAAGGCAAAGCCAGACUGCUGUUUCUGACACGAGAUGAGGAGUAUGUCAUUACCAUGCCGUAUGCACACUGUAAAGGCAUUCUUUAUGGUACCAUGACCCUGGAACUUGGCGGCAAGAUCACUAUUGAGUGUGAAAAAACAAAAUAUUUCACUGAACUUGAAUUUAAACUUAAGCCUUUCCUUGGCACGUCUUGGAACGUGAAUCAGAUUUCUGGAAAAAUCCGGUUAGGGGACGAUGUGCUGGCCACAGUGGACGGACAUUGGGAUGGGGAAGUGCUGAUACACGAGAAGAAGACUGCCCACCAGGAGGUGCUGUGGAACCCCACCACAGAGGUGCGCAAGCAGAGGUUAAAGAGACAAGUGGUCCAACUGGAUCAGCAGGGUCCUUUUGAGUCUGAAAGGCUCUGGCAGCAUGUGACCAGCGCCAUUAAGGCCAAAGACCAGAACAAGGCCACGCAGGAGAAGUUUGUCCUGGAGGAGGCGCAGAGACAGGAGGCGCGGGAACGCGGCGAUCAGCCCUGGAACCCGAGACUCUUCUAUCUGAACCCGGACACUAAUGAGUGGCAGUACAGAUACGCAGACACUAAGCCAUGGGACCCAGAGCGCUGUCUGGUUCAGUUUGAGAAGAAUGGCAUCAUUCAGACAAAGGAGAAACCACAGCGCCAACGCAACAGCUUCUCUUACGGCCAGAGCUGGACCGUACAGCAAAAGACCCAGGUGAAUGGUAAGCACAGGAAGGCCAGCAGUCAGCCCUCCAGCUGCAGUCAAAACACAGAGAGCAGCAGCACGACACCAGAGCCCACGCACGAGUCGUCUGACAACGAAGGGUUUGUGAGCCAGUGUGCCCGCUGCAGUAAAGAGAUGAAGGACAUCGCCCAGAUAGAGGCCUCUAUAGCAUCCAUACAGAAGACACAGCAAGACAUUCAGAAGAACCUCGGUGCCCUGAGUCGGCAGAUAGCGCGUCACAAGUCGGCAGAGGAGAGCAUGUCUCUAAACAGCCGACACUACCUAAUCCUCUGUCUGCUGCUGCUCUUCCAGCUGCUCAUUAACUAUCUGUUCACCUGAGAGACAGCGGCAGGGACAGCGCCGUCGCCUAGCAAUAAACACAGCCAAACCACCAAUCAGCUCCUGAAUGCCCCCACUCCCCCCCCCCAUCGCCACAUAGUCAGGCACCCAGCACUUCAGAGAGACACUCUUUUCCUUUGGUUUUUGCUUUUGCUUCUUUCGUUUUGUUUGUUUUUAAAGAAAGAAAGAAAGAACAGAUCAUCACAGGAGAGUGAAGUGGAAAUGUCACUCUUUAUUAAUGUAUGUGUACUGCUUUUAUACUCCUCGCAAUACUGUCCAUGUGUGUGUUUGUACAUACCUGUUAGGCCCUGUGGGCAAAUACAUGGUGUUGUCUUUAUCUUUCCCUUCCACUCCAGACUCCGAAUGGGCCUUAAUGCUGAAGCCAAAAAAAAGAAGAGGAACAAAACAAACAAACAAACAAAAAAAAACA